AGAAAAGAAGAUAUAUAUGAUCUGGUGUAUACCAGAGAUCAUAACAAGUUGAAUUUGGUUUUGAUCCUGUUAGUUUAUUCAAAGAUAUUUCAGAUGGAAUAAUCAGUGCACAACUUCAUUUCAUAGCUAUUCGAUGGAUACCAGAUGCUCAUACUCAAAAUGUUGCUUAUUUGUUUGAUAUGAAACAAAAACAAUUUAGUGGUAUACUUUUGAAAGAUUCCGAAUGUGAAAAAAAUAAAAUUAUUCGUGGAGGAAAAUUGGCAUCAUCUAUACUAUAUUCGCAAUCUCCCGUAGCGCAAACUAGAAGUGAAUCUAACGUUAGAACAGUUAUUUCAACACUCUAUUUUCAUCAUACAAUAUAUACAAAACAUAUAGAACCAUUAGCAUGUCUCUUACAUAAUAAAUAUCAAAUACCAAUAGUAGAUAUUUAA